UCUACUCCCAGGAGUAGUGGACCCAUCACCCCCAUUGUCUUCUGGAACCUUGUGUGGUUCUUUAGAAGGCUGGAGCUGCCCAGUAACCUGCCAGCUCUUAUUCUGGGUUCCCAACACUGUCGCCAUGGCAAUCAGACACUUUCCAGUGUUUCUUCAGAGGACAGCAAGCAGGUUCUUGUCAGGAUUAUGUGGGACAACCUGAAGCUGCACCGAGACAAAGUCCAUCCUUGUUACGUCCUGUGGAACACACAUUGCGCCAACUCCCUGGUUCGCUCCGGCCUGUGCGAGGAAGGCCAGCUCUUCACUGUGGAGCUGCUGCAGAGUUUGGUGAGAAGCAUGAAGAAGAGCGAUGUCUAUCAGCCUAUGAGUCACGUGAUCCAGCUGCUGGGCUCUGAACUGGGCUUUAAAAGACAGAGGAGCCUGUACAGAGAUUUGUUAUUCCUGGCUCUGGUAUCUUUGGGCAAGAACAACAUCAAUAUCAAUGCCUUUGACCGGGAAUACAAGCUGGCCUACGACCGCCUCACCCCCAGCCAGGUCAAACUGACUCACAACUGUGACCGCCCCCCAGGAGCGGGGGUCAUGGAGUGCAGGAGGACUUUUGGGGAGCCCGGUCUGUAAAUCACAUCUUUUUUUUUUAAAUGUGUUUUUAGACUUCAGACUCAGGACCAGCUCACCUGAGCUUUUUUAAGCACAACUGGAAAAUGAAGACUGCCAUGAUGACUCCCGGUACUGUUAGCACUGUACUGUUAGUGCUGUACUGUUAGUGCAGUACUGUUAGUGCAGUACUGUUAGUGCUGUACUGUUAGUGCAGUACUGUUAGUGCAGUACUGUUAGUGCAGUACUGUUAGUGCUGUACUGUUAGUGCUGUACUGUUAGUGCAGUACUGUUAGUGCUGUACUGUUAGUGCAGUACUGUUAGUGCAGUACUGUUAGUGCAGUACUGUUAGCACUGUACUGUUAGUGCAGUACUGUUAGUGCAGUACUGUUAGUGCAGUACUGUUAGCGCAGUACUGUUAGCACUGACAGGUGUGCAGCAGUGACUAAAUGUGGUUUCCACUGCAUUUUCACUAUAUCUACUAGUCAACUGUUUGUACAGUUAGCAUACAUUUUUUAUGAAUGAGUUUUGUAAAAAAGUGUGUAAAAGAAGGUGUAUUAUAAGACGUUGUCUAAAAGGUCCUGGUGACCUGACUGACUGUUGUUGAGUGUGGAGAACAAACAGACAUUCUUGUUUUUAAAGCACUUGGACAAGAUACGCUCUUGCAUUGGCCUAGCAGCCAAAGAUGGACGGAUGAAAUGUUGUAUUGUUUGAAUGUGCAGUUUAACACAAGCAAAUACAUUCCUUCUUAUG